GCAAACGGGAGAGAGCGCAACGUCGCCGCCGCAGUCGUCGUCGACGAGGGCUGCGCAGCAGCAGCGACAGCGAAAAGUGAGCAAAAGUCGGCGAGUGAAUUUAAUUCCGUAAAAAACGUUUCGAGCGUUUGGACGCGUGCAGCGGACGAAAAUAAAACACGGAGAGAGAGCGUGUGUAAAAACUCAAAGACUCAAAAGACUCGGCAAUAGAGCAGCCCCAAAAAAAAAAAUAAGAAAAACAGCAAGAAUUCACUGAAAAUUAUUGCAGAAAAGAAAGAAAUUGCCAAAAAGAAAGAAAAACAUCGCGACUGUGUAAAUAUACAAUUGUAACAUUUUUUUUGCCGUGUGAGUGUAAGCUAAGCGAACGAAAAAAAAACUUAGAAUGGAUCGGGAGCUGAACGGGGCGAUGAGAAACGUGUCUAUUAAUGGCGCCCAACUGAAUGGUCACAAUAACGGUGGCAUUGGCGGUCAAGAUGAAACGGACCGCGUGGGCGUGGCGCAAGGAGGCGGGGCGGUACUGAGUGCAACAGCAGCGGCAGCCACAACGACGACAGCUACAAAAUCAGCAUCAGCAGCAGCUACAAAUGUCGCCAAAGCGACAGCCACAACAAAUUCAACUCACAGCCCGCAGCAAAUUGCACUCUUGUCCGCUGCAGAGAAAAGUAAGAUGGUGUACGAGUUAUGUCAGCAGCUGCUUUUAACGGACGAACAGGUCCAGGAGCUGUGCUAUCGCAUCCUGCACGAACUGCGACGCGGUCUGGCCAAGGAUACGCACCCGAAGGCGAAUGUCAAGUGCUUUGUAACGUACGUCCAGGACCUGCCCAAUGGCAAUGAGCGCGGCAAGUUCCUGGCCUUGGACUUGGGUGGCACCAACUUCCGGGUGCUGCUUAUUCAUUUGCAGGAGAACAACGAUUUCCAAAUGGAGUCCCGCAUCUAUGCCAUACCGCAGCACAUUAUGAUUGGCUCGGGCACCCAGCUGUUCGAUCAUAUUGCCGAAUGCCUGUCCAACUUUAUGUCGGAGCACAAUGUCUACAAGGAGCGACUGCCACUCGGUUUCACCUUCUCAUUUCCCCUACGUCAAUUGGGCCUGACCAAGGGUCUGUUGGAGACCUGGACCAAGGGCUUCAAUUGCGCCGGCGUGGUCAACGAGGAUGUCGUUCAGCUGCUGAAGGACGCUAUCGCCCGGCGCGGUGAUGUCCAGAUCGAUGUUUGCGCCAUUCUCAACGACACCACCGGAACCCUGAUGAGCUGCGCCUGGAAGAAUCACAACUGCAAGAUCGGUCUGAUUGUGGGUACCGGUGCAAAUGCCUGCUACAUGGAGCGCGUAGAAGAGGCGGAACUGUUCGAUGCCGAGGAUCCGCGCAAGAAGCACGUCCUUAUCAAUACGGAAUGGGGAGCCUUCGGCGACAAUGGCGCCUUGGACUUUGUGCGCACCGAAUUCGAUCGGGACAUCGAUGUGCACAGUAUUAAUCCGGGCAAGCAGACUUUUGAGAAGAUGAUAUCCGGCAUGUACAUGGGCGAGCUUGUGCGUUUGGUGCUGGUUAAAAUGACCCAGGCGGGCAUUCUGUUCAACGGACAGGACUCGGAAGUUCUGAACACCCGAGGCCUAUUCUUCACCAAGUAUGUGAGCGAAAUCGAGGCGGAUGAGCCCGGAAACUUUACCAAUUGCCGCCUGGUGCUGGAAGAACUGGGAUUGACCAAUGCCACCGAUGGUGAUUGCGCCAAUGUGCGAUACAUCUGCGAGUGCGUCUCGAAAAGGGCAGCUCACUUGGUGUCCGCCGGCAUUGCCACUCUGAUCAACAAAAUGGACGAGCCAACGGUGACGGUGGGCGUUGAUGGCAGUGUGUAUCGCUUCCAUCCCAAGUUCCAUAAUCUGAUGGUGGAGAAGAUCUCGCAGCUGAUCAAGCCGGGCAUCACCUUCGACCUGAUGUUAUCCGAGGACGGUUCUGGUCGUGGAGCGGCCCUGGUGGCGGCCGUCGCCUGUCGUGAGGACAUAAUAAAAAGCAAGAAGUAGGCGUGGCGGCGAGAUAAGCAGGAGCAGGAGCCGGAGCAGUUGCCAGUAGGCGAUAGGAGCCAGGAGGAACCAGGAGAGUCGCUGGAGCAGCUGAAGCAGUCCUAAGAGAAAAAGCAACACACACAUACACACACACACACUAAAGAGCAGAGCGAAAAACACCUAGUAAAAGGCCGCGGUGGCGUAUGCGUAAUAAUUACAGUGGAGCCUCGCUAACUCACAAAGGCCCUGCAACAAAACAAACAAAAAUAAAGAAGCUGCCACAAAGAAAAGUAAUUGGAAAGCCUCCUCCUCCCCAAAAAAAAAAAAAACAAAACAAAACAAAUUACAUGCACAGGGCAUCUGCGAGUUAGUGCGGCUUGACUUUAGUAUUUUAAUUAGGCAAAAACCAGGUUUUUAACAAGAAACUUAACAGAAAACCCCACUAAGAGACAGAAGAUCUGUGGCAUUCUAUCUCUUUCUCUCCUAGUUAAAGCAAAAAACAAAAGAACGAGAUAACUAAAAAAAAACACUAUGGAUCGAUUUUCGAUUUUUGUUGAAGAUUUGUUAUGCUAUUAUAUAGAUAUAUAUAUAUAUAUAUUUAUAUAUAUAUAUUUACAAAAAACAUAAUAUACACACACGAAAAACAUAAUGUUUGCGUAUAUAUAGUACAAUUUGUGAAACGAAUUUCUUUUCGAUUUCGAUUGAGACAAGAAAUGGUUUUUUUUUUUUUUUUUGGUAAUCCCUCCCCUGAAUAACCCGCCUCCCCAAGCCCCCCAAGAUAACGGAGAUACUUAAGAGCAAGCGAGAGAUGAAACUGUUAUACUACUGUGCUACAAGCAUUCUAGCAUAUCCUGCAGGAGAACGGAAAGAGAAACUGUAAAACCGCGCACAUUGUUAAAGCAAAAACGAAAAAAGCAACAAAAAACAAGCCGCUAACGAAGAGACAGACAAAAAGAGAGAGAGAUAGAAAGAGAGAUGGAGAAAGAGAGGAAUACUAGGUAAUGCUACGGUGUCCUUUCUGUAAUUGUAAAUGUUUAUAUAGAACCUAUUACGAAGCGUUAUAUGAUAAUACUGCAUACAUAUAUAUUUACAUAUAUAUAUACAUAUAUAAAUAUGAUAUAUUUAGCCACUAUAUUACUAAUUUUUUUUUUGUAAUGUAUUGCUUGUCUUUGUUUAGUGAAUUUGUUUGUUGUUAACACUUAAGCAGGUAAAAACUAAAAAAAAAAAAAAACUGUUUUUUUUUUUCCUUUUGAUAUAGAAACGCACUUUGUGAGCUAUUAUUUAUGUAAUUGUACAUUUGACCUAGUUUAGUGUUUAGUUCUUAUCUUAGUUUCUAAAUGUCGUCGAAGAAGCCCGCAAUACAACCAAUAUAUAUCCCCACCCCAAUCCACCCAACCCACAGAGCCCUUAAUUAUAUUUAAUUAUUGUUUACGAACAACAACAACAACAAUGGAGGAAAUGCGAGAACCGAAAGGCAAAUAAGCGAAAUGAAAAGCAAAUAAAAUUUGUUCUUAAUUCAUA